GACAUCCCGACACAGAGCGGCUGUGGUUUGAAUGUAGCAAAAAACAUAAAAGACACUGUACAUACAGUAGGCACCAGCCCCACCACGACCCUGAAGGAAUAAAAGGGAGAAGCGGCAGAAGAUGGAUGGACACACAUGUGUCUGAUAAUGCUUGAUAAGUGCCAUGGAUGAGGAUAACAUUAAGAGCAUCCGUCAGUUGCUUAUCAACUGUGUGUGCGUUCCUGGAGUAACGGAGGAGUCAUGGACAGAGGAAAAUGUGAAGCCCCUGGAUCAGUUUGUCGCAGACACUUCCAUUCCAGUUGCGGUGGUCUAUGUGCACAGAAGAAAUGGGCUUCAGGUGGACUUCAGUACCCCUUACCCAGGGGACGUGGUUGAGGGGCUGUUCUACUUCACUCGUCCUGUAGGAGCUAUAAUCACUGAGGAAAACUUUGCUGACGUCAUACAGUUUGAUAGUGUGAGGGGGGACCCCCUCCAUACGAUGCUUGCAGACCUGACCUGCAUAUACGCUCCUGCAGUUGCUGCCACCCCUUGUACAGAAGAAAUCAAGGAUCAAUUUACCAAGGAGCUGUACUUUCAUUUUCGUUGGCUUGGUGAUAUCCUCUAUCGGAGAACAGGAGAAACCUUUCUGUACAUCCCAGUGGAAGCCCAACACUUGUCAGCUGAGGAGGCCAGCAAGGAUGGGAAGCUGGUGGAUAGACUGGAGACUAUGAUGAUGUUCUGGAGUGCUCAAAUCCAUGAGAUGCUGGAUCACCAAGAAGCCAGACACACAAGACACGACCAAAGCCUGCUGGAAGAAAUAGCCUUCUGGGAGAGUUACUCCAUGAAGCUGUCAGAGAUCAUCAAGUGGCGGGAAAAGCCAGAAGUCAAGCACAUCCAGGAGAUCUUACAGCUUGCCAAGUCCUCACGCCUUCAGUGGUUCCUUGAUGAGACCACAAAAGUACAGGAAUGUUCCCUGAAAGUGAAGGAAACCCUGAGCCUCCUGGGCUUACUUAAGGAGUCCCAUGAAGAACUUUUAAGUCUCAAGCCAAGAGAAAUUAUGUCAAAGCUGUAUGACAUUGUGUUUUUCAUCCGAGUCAUCUGGAACAAUGCUCCCCACUUCAACACCAGUGAGAGAAUCAUUGGGCUCUUCUACAAGGUGACUAAUGAGAUCAUCCGUCUGUGUAGUGUGAACAUCUCUCUGGACAGGAUCUUUGGAGGCCAUGUGAUAUCUAGCAAGCAAGUCCUGAACGAUUGUAUCCACUGCUGCGAGCACUGGAAGGAUAUGUAUCUGCACGUCUCCAAGAUUUAUCACACGUGUGAUCCCAAAGGCUGGGUUUUGGACAAAACAAAGUUUUUUGAUCAGAUUGAUGCCUUCAUUGAUAGACUGAAAAACUUGCUUGAGGUUUGUGAGUGGCAGGAUAUGCCAUUUGUCCGCUGGAAAAAUGGACAGGAGAGAGACAUCCCUGUCUUCGGAGGCCACACAGGCUCAGAGGUUACCAGCAGGCUGGUGAAGAUUCAGACCUCCUUCAAUGAAGCACUGGAGAACCUGCGAUCUUUUGACAAAGCAGUCUUUGACUUACAAAAUAUGACAUGGUCCAAGGAAUUCCACAGGUUUUGUAAAUCUGUGAGCAAUAUAGAAAAAAUGAUACCGGAGGUGAUCAAUUUGGCUUUUGCCGAUGUGGUAACAUUCCAGGGAGGAGUCAGGAUUUGGGACUUUUUCCAUCCAAUGACCAAAAGCAAGACCAUAGGGCCUUUAUUAGAGGAGAAGUCCAAAGAAUUGAUCAGCAUCUUCACCACAGAACUAAAGUUGCUGAUCAAAAAGGGAAAUCAGAGUCCAUGUAAAUGGUACAUUCCUUAUCACCUGCCAAAAAGUGUGGGACAGGCCAUGUGGGCCAGGGGCCUCAAGAAUCUCCUUGAAGAACACAUUAAGCUCUUUCAGAUGUAUCCCUCUUUUCCUCAAUCUGCAAUCUGCACGGAGAUCAUUUCUUCCUAUGGUCAGACGGUUCAGGUCUUGGAUGACAUUGUGAGGAAAAACUUCUUGGAAUGGAGUCAGAAGUUGGAUGAACAGCCCAUGAAUAAACUGAAGCGGCCUCUCCUGGUGCGCUGCAGGAAUAUGAAGCUGGAUAGCAAUUUGGACAAAGAACUCUUAGAGCUAAUUGCUGAGGUCCAGGGCUGGGAACGAAUGGGUUUUGAGAUCCCACGGAAAGUUUCUGACAUCAAGCAGAUCGAGGAGGAUAUUAGGAUCCUCAGGGAGAAAACUGGGAUGCUCGUCCGGAGUUACAACAGAGUUAUUGGACAACUCUCUCCUGAUGAGCGGGUCCUGUUCUCGGAGCAGCUCUUUUUCAUCGACAGUAAGAUCAAGCCUGGCUUGACCAAGCUGCUGUGGUCAGACCAAAGAGACUCUAACCACUUUAUCGACAACUCCCUCCCCCACGUCGACAAGAUGCAGUCAAAUGUUGAUCGUUAUAGAGUUGCCAAUAUGUCCAUCUCCAACAUUUGUAAGCAGAUUAGUGAAAAGUUGCUGGUUAAAAUAGACGACAAGACUGUGUACAGCAACCUGAAGUUUGAGGAAGAACAGAAGGCUCAUCAGCAAAGCAGGCUCCAAGCACUGCGCUCAAAACACAUGGAGAUUUUUACCAACAUGACUCAGAUUUGGAGCCUCUUUGGCAACCAAAGUGCUGAGGGCCGGAACCAUCUGGUGGCAUAUACAGAGAGGGUGGAUGAUAUGGUUGAAAAUGCAUUUCACUGCAACAUCAGGGACUCCAUGAAUAAGCUGUGCAGAGCCAUCACAGAGGAUAGCAAGAUGUCACACAGGCCACUCUUCGAAGUCGUCAUAGUGUUGAGACAGUCGUCUCCUAAAAGUCUGCCAAAGCUGGAGUUCUCGCCAUCUGAAGUGGAACUCAAAGAGGCUGUGAACAUUUUGCCUCAGCUCAUCAGUAUCAUCUCAGAAUUUAAACGUCUCCCCGAGCUUCUCUCCUGCAAAGAGUCCAACGCUAACCCCAUACACAUCAACAUAGAGCAAGACGAAGAUAUUAAAAAGACUCAGGCUGAAGUUACUGCAGGAAUAUCCGCCAUUGCAGAAAAACUGAAAGCUUACUUGAACACCUGGAGCAAACAUAAGCACAUCUGGGAAGAAGACAUGGACAGAGUUAUGCAGGGCUACAAGAACACCAAGGCUUCAGGAUCUUGUUUUGAUGAGGAAAUACAAAGGUACUCUGGGUACACCAGUAGUAUUCAAAGUGAAGAUACAAUUGUCACAAUACAGUUUGUGAUGUUGGUCUGCUCACCGCUCAAGGCCUCCCUGGGGCUGUACUGCAGUGAGUGGCAGAAGAGGUUUUUACAGCUUCUCCUUGAAAUGACAACCAGCAGUCUGCAAGAACUGUACAGAUCAAUGCAGAACAACGCUGACAGGCUGAUGAAACAUUCCCAAACACUGGAAGAGUUUAAAGAGAGCCAAACACUUUUGGAGACUGUCAAGGGUGGUUUGGACAGAAUGGAAGCAGAAUUCCCUCUUAUCCACGACAGAUUUGCCAUCCUUGACAAAUAUGAGGUCCCCGUGGAAGAAAACGUUCAGGCCAUGCGCGAGCAGCUGAAUGACAAGUGGAUUUGGUUUAAGGAGGUUUUGAUUCAAAGUGACAUUGUGUUGAAAAAAGACAAAGAAAUGCUAAAAAAAAACCUUUUCCUCCAGUUUGAAGAAUCAAAGAUUUACCCAACUCUGCCGGAGUUCCUCACCAAAGGUCCAUUUGGGAGCAACCUGAGCAUUGAUCAGGCCUUAAAACAAAUAGAAGAACAUCGUGCCCGACUGGAGGCUCGAAGACAAGAGCAGCUCACCAUCUUACAUGGGCUGUCCUUUUUUGAAAUCAAACAGAACCCCGAUGAAAAUAUCCGCAUUAUGGAAAAGGACUUGGGUAAUCUCCAACAGGCCUGGGAAAUAUCUCAGGAAUGGGAGGAAAACUGGAACAACUGGAAGGACUCUCAUCUGGCGCAGCUGCAGACGCAAAGCAUGGAGAGGGCAGCAAUGGAGCUGUUCAAUAAACUUCAGAUCCUCCAGAAAGAUCUCAGGGGUCAAGAGUGGGAGAUAGUUAAUAUCUCCAAGAGUAAGAUUAAAUGGUUCAAGCAGAUUCUCUCCCUAAUUACUGAUCUAAAGAACCCAGCAUUAAAGGACAGACAUUGGAGGCAAAUCUGUAAGAACCUUAAGUGCACAUUUGACCCCACCAGCGCUGACUUCACUCUGGAGAGGAUCUUGUCUCUUAAACUGGAUCUUUAUGCUGGGAUAAUCAGCAAGAUCUCUGGAGCUGCCAGCAAGGAGCUUUCCAUAGAACAGGGUUUGGAAAGUGUCGAGAACACAUGGGACAAAAUAUUACUCGACAUUGUGCCACACGAAAAGAAGGGACAUUUUUUCCUGAGGGGAACUGAAAACAUUUUCCAGGCAGUCGAUGAUACCCAGGUCAUUUUGUCCAAAAUGAGGGCAUCCUGCUAUGUUGAAGCAUUUGAGGCUGAGGUGGACCAAUGGGAACAGCGACUGUCUCACCUACUGGAAGUCGUUGAGAUGAUCCUUGCAGUGCAACGAAACUGGAUUUACUUGGAGAAUAGACUGGCCAUUAUAAAUAAGCUUUCUAACAAAUGCAAGGAGUUUGUAGACCUCAGUGAAAACUGGAAAACUAUAAUGGCCGGUCUCUACAAGAACAACAAUGCCUUGGAGGGAACACGCCAUCCAGGCUUGCUAGAGAAACUGUCGAACAUCAACCCACAGCUAGAAGAAAUUCUGAAGUCCUUCGACACAUAUCUGGUGUCCAAGAGACAGAGUUUCCCAAGGUUUUAUUUUCUGUCAAAUGACAAUGUUCUUGACAUCCUGGGACACUCUGGGAACCCUGAAUCCAUGCAGCCCUAUGUGAAGAAGUGUUUCUGCAACACCAAGGGCCUCUGGUUUGAUGAGAAAACUAAAAUGCAAAAAGCCAUCGGGAUUUAUUCAGAUGAUGGGGAGGUACUUUUAUUUGACAAACCAGUGGAUCUAACCAAAUCAGUGGAGAGUUGGCUGUGUGAUAUUGAAAACCACAUGAAGACUACUGUAAGCCAUGCUCUGCGUACCCAUGUUGGCCAAAAAAGGGUGAAAGGAGCAAGAGAAGAAUUAGAUAAAAAUUUUAUUGGACAGGUGCUAAUUACAGGAAGUCAGAUUGAGUGGACAUCUGAUGUCAACAAUUCUCUCAGCAAUGGAGCUAAAAAUCCCUCCCUGAAGUCACUAAUGGAGAAACAGAUCUCAACGCUCAAAUGCUAUUCAGAGAUGAUUCAUUCGGACCUGUCCAACACCAUGCGUCUGAAGGUGGUGGCGCUCAUCACAGUGAAGGUUCAUGCUCGGGAUAUCAUUGAUAAGCUGAUCAAGACUGGCUGUAAGGAUGCCAAUGCAUUUGAGUGGCUCUGCCAGUUGCGAUACUAUUUGGAUAGAGACAAGAAUUGCAUCAUCCGACAGACCAAUUCACAGUUUAAAUAUGGCUGUGAGUUCCUGGGGAACUCUGGCCGGCUGGUCAACACUCCACUCACUGACAGGUGUUACAUGACACUGACCACGGCUCUCCAUCUCCACCGGGGGGGUACAAUUAAAGGCCCAGCCGGCACAGGGAAGACGGAGACUGUGAAAGACUUGAGCAAAUCUCUGGGCAUGCAUUUUGUUGUUGUGAACUGCUCUGAAGGACUUGGUUACAAAUCAAUGGGGCGCUUGUUCUCCGGGCUCGCUCAGACAGGAGCGUGGGGAUGCUUCGAUGAGUUCAACCACAUCAACAUGGAAGUGCUUUCAGUGGUGGCUCAGCAGAUCCAUUUCCUCCUCACUGCACUCUCAGCAGUAAAGUCUAUGUUCCAAUUUGAAGGGCAGGAGAUCCGACUGGUUCCAUCAUGUGGCAUUUUCAUCACUAUGAGUCCUGGGUAUGCUGGUUGCACUGAGCUCCCUGACAACCUCAAGUCCAUGUUCAGACCAGUAUCCAUGGUGGUGCCAGACUCUGCUAUGAUUACUCAAAUUCUGCUGUUAACGGAAGGUUUCCACCACUGCACGCUCUUGGCUAAGAAGGUAGUCACUCUGUACUCCCUGGCAGAGCAGCAGCUGUCCAUGCAGGAUCAUUAUAAUUUUGGUCUUUGCGCUCUCACCUCAUUGAUUCACUACGCCGGAAAGAAACGACGCCUAUACCCCUGGAUGGAGGAUGAGAAAGUAAGUCUCUAACUGAUUCAUUUGCCAAGCUGUUGCUAACCACCUUUAACAGCUUUGAAAAAAUAUUAUAAAAUACACAUAGAUAUAAAAGAAUCACAGACCUUUAUAAUAGGUGACUCUUUAUAUCUGAAGGAUGCUAUUGAGAAGGAGCUUCGGCAGAGUGGUUUCCAGGUCAACUCUUUUACAGUAACCAAGGCUAUACAACUUUAUGAGACCAAAAACUCUCGACACUCCUCCAUGCUUGUUGGGAAGACAUGCAGUGCAAAGACUGUUACCUGGAGGAUCCUGCAGCAGGCCCUGAAUGCUCUUAACCAGAAGGGAGAGCCUGACUUUAAGCAGGUUCAGGAGUUUCCUCUAAAUCCAAAGUCAAUGAGUCUUGGAGAGUUGUACGGACAUUAUCACCUAUCUACAAACCGGUGGAUUGACGGAGUGCUGUCCUCCCUCAUGAGAUCUGCAUGUGCAGAGGAUACACCAGAUGAGAAGUGGAUUGUGCUGGAUGGGCCUGUGGACACUCUGUGGGUUGAAAGCUUGAACUCUGUCAUGGAUGACAACAAGGUUCUCACUCUCAUCAACGGAGAGAGAAUCUUAUUGGCUGAUGAGGUGUCUCUUCUGUUUGAAGUGGAGAACCUGGCGACGGCCUCUCCAGCUACAGUGUCCCGUUGUGGAAUAGUCUACAACGACUAUGAUGAUCUUGGAUGGAAGCCAUAUUUACAGUCCUGGCUGGAAAAGCGACCCAAAGUUGAAAUAGAGCAUUUGAAAGAAGCAAUUGACAAAUAUUUGGAGACCAUUUUGGACUUCAAGAAGACCAAUUGUAGGGAGUUGAUCCCUAUUACUGAACUCAAUGGGGUCAUGUCUCUCUGCCGCCUCUAUGACUCCCUCGCUACACCCAGCAACGGGGUGAAUACUUCAGACACCGAGAGCUUGGGAAUGGUGGUGGAGCUGUGGUUCACUUUUAGCCUCAUCUGGUCAAUCUGUGCCUCUGUAGAUGAAGAUGGACUGAAGAAGAUGGACUACAAAUUGCGGGUUAUAAACUCCACUUUCCCUGCCAAGGACACAGUUUAUGAUUACUAUGUGGACCCAAAGAACAAAUCCUGGGUGUCCUUUGAAAAUCAGCUUCCAAAAAAUUGGCACUAUGACCCUUCCGCUCCAUUUUAUGAGAUUAUGGUUCCGACGGUGGACACAGUUCGCUACAACUUGCUGGUUAAGGCUCUGGUGUUAAAUCAGCACCCAGUGUUACUCACUGGACCUGUGGGCACUGGGAAAACCUCUGUUGCUCAGAACGUCCUACAGGGGUUAGACAAAAAAUGCACUGCUGUCACUAUCAACAUGUCUGCUCAGAUGACUUCUAACAAGAUCCAGAAAAUCAUAGAAAGACGAGUAAAGCAGAGAACCAGAGGCGUGUUUUUCCCAGGAGCUGGGAGGAAGAUGCUGUGUUUUCUGGAUGAUCUGAACAUGCCGGCCCACGACCAGUUUGGCUCUCAGCCGCCACUGGAGCUGCUGCGGUUUUGGAUUGACUAUGGUUUCUGGUACGACCACCAGAAGCAGACACGGCGUUAUAUCAAGGACACAUUCUUGCUGGCAACCAUGGGACCUCCUGGUGUAGGAAGAACUCAAAUCUCUGCUCGAUUUCAGAGUAGUUUCCAUGUCAUCAAUAUGACCUUUCCAUCUGACUCCCGGAUCAAAUGCAUAUUUAGCACCAUAAUGAACCAGAAGCUUCAUAACUUUGACAGGGUAUGGUCUUUAGCCGAGACUGUGACUCAGGCCACCUUGAAACUCUAUGAUGCUGUCAAAGCAGCCUUUCUUCCCACUCCAGCCAAGAUUCACUACCUCUUCAACCUCAGAGACAUUUCCAAGGUUUUUCAGGGUCUGCUACGAGCUCACCCUCACUUCCACGAUACAAAGAAGGACUUCACGAGGCUAUGGAUCCAUGAGUGCUUCAGGGUGUUCUCAGAUCGACUCGUAAACCAAAGUGACACAAAUAGCUUCAUCAAUCUCCUGAAGGAGAUACUGGCCUCCCACUUUGAUCUCACUCUACGUAGCAUUUGUCCAGACGAAGAGCCACCAAUAUUCGGAGAUUUUAUGAGCGACUCUCAUGUUUAUGAAGACAUUGUUGACCAGAAGACUUUGAAAAAGUUCAUGGAAACGCAGCUAAAGGAUUACAACAAGAGACCUGGAGUUGUUCCUGUGAACCUCGUGCUCUUCACGGAUGCCAUCAAACACAUAAUCCGCAUUGUACGUGUGAUCGGUCAGCCGAGGGGAAACAUGCUCCUGGUUGGUAUUGGAUGCUCCGGUAGACAAAGUCUCUCCAAGAUGGCGGCCUUUAUCUGUGGAUACCAGAUUUUCCAGGUGGAACUGACCAAACAGUUCAAUAAGCAGGAGUUCAGAGAAGACAUCAAGAAGCUCUAUCGUUUAGCUGGUGUGGAUAACAAGCCCACAGUCUUUCUUUUCAACGACACACAGAUUGUAGAUGAAUCCUUCUUAGAGGACAUCAAUAACAUCUUGAGCUCUGGAGAAGUUCCAAACCUUUACACUCAAAAAGAGUUAGCAGAGGUGUGUAAAGCCUUAUCAGGGUUUGCGAGGAAAGAAGAGGUACAGGAGACCCCUGACUCAUUGUUCAGUUACCUGAUCAAUCGAGUCAGGAACAACCUGCAUAUAGUUUUCUGCAUGAGCCCAAUUGGAAAAUCCUUCAGAAAUCGCAUCCUCCAGUACCCAGCGAUAGUUAACUGCACCACCAUUGAUUGGUUUUCUGAAUGGCCCAAAGAUGCCCUGCUGGAGGUGGCUGAGAAGUCCUUGAAUGGACUGGAUCUGGGCUCUCUGGAGGGGAUCCACGGGAAGGUCGCCAAUAUCUUUGUGACCACUCACCAAUCUGUGGUACAGCUCUCCCAGAGGAUGAAGGUGGAGCUAAAGAAAUAUAAUUACGUAUCACAAACUGACUACCUGGAGCUUCUUUCUGGAUAUAAGGAGCUAUUGGAGGAAAAGCGUUGUGAGUUGGGGGAGCAAUUCAGCAAGCUGCAAAAGGGCCUUUUUAAAAUCAGUGACACUCAGCAGAAGGUGACGGCCAUGACUUUGGAGCUGGAGGGCGCAAAGAAGCAGGUGGUGGACUUGGAGAAAGAGUCAGACCAGUACUUAUCCAUUAUUGCCAAGCAAAAGAUGGAGGCUGAUGAUCAGCAGAGGAGGGUGCUUGAGAAUAGCAAGAACAUUCAAGCAGAGGAGUUGCAGUGCAAAGCCAUGGCUGAAAAUGCACAGAGGGAGCUGGACAAAUCCAUGCCUGCUCUCGAAGAGGCCCUAAAGGCUCUGGAGUCUCUCAAUAAGGCGGACAUGAGAGAAAUAAAGUCUUACGGCAGUCCUCCAGCACUGGUGGAGACCGUGAUGCGCGCUGUCAUGACCCUUCUUGGCAAAGAGCCGACCUGGGCGGAAGCCAAGACACAGCUUGGUAAACCUGACUUCAUCAAGACAUUGAUCAACUUUGACAAAGAUGCUAUAUCAGAUCGUAUUUUGAGUAAAGUCAAUGGGUACUAUCAACUGAAAGACUUCCAGCCAGAGGUCAUCGGGAACGUGUCACUAGCUGCCAAGUCUCUCUGCAUGUGGGUCAGAGCCAUGGUGGACUAUGGACAUAUUUACCGUGAAGUUGAACCAAAGCGAGCACAACUGAAAGCAGCAAUGUGCCAGAUAAAAGAGAAAGAAACUGCAUUUGCCAAAGCCAAACAAAAACUGCAAGAGCUAGCAGAGGAGCUGAAUGAGUUGCAAGAGAAACUUGCCAAGAAGCUGAUCAUGAAGGACAAUUUGAGACAGAAGUCUCAGGAUAUGGAAGAGAAACUGGACAGGGCAGACAAACUGGUGAAGGGACUGGCUGGAGAGAAGGUCCGCUGGGAGGAGAGAGUUGCUGGUCUGGAGAAAAACAUGGGAUACCUUGUCGGAGACUGCUUGCUGGCUGCUUCGUUCCUGACCUACAUGGGGCCCUUCCUGUCCAACUGCAGAGAUGAGUUGCUCAAUAUCUGGAUUAAAGAGAUCCUUGAAUCAAAGAUCCAAUUUUCUCCAGGAUUUAGCUUUGCUGGAUUUUUGUCCAACCCAGCAGCAGUUAGAAAUUGGAAAACUCAGGGUUUGCAAUCUGACACGUUCUCAACUGAAAAUGGAGUUAUCAUCACCCAUUUUAGCAGGUCAGAACGUAACUCCUACUUCUUUUUAAAGAGCUGUGCAGGCUGUUUCCUUCUUGUCCAGGAUCUAAAAGUGAUAGACUUUCAAAUGCCAGACUUCCUACGGAUUCUAGAAAAUGCCAUCCAGGAUGGGAAUCCUGUAUUGCUGCAGAACGUCCAGGAGGAACUGGAUCCUUCUCUCAACCCUGUUCUCAACAAGUCCUUCAUACAUAUAGAUGGGAGGCUGAUGUUAAAGCUGUGUGACAAAAAUGUAGAAUACAACCCCGAGUUCAGAUUCUACAUUACCACCAAGAUGCCUAACCCCCACUUCAGACCAGAGAUUGCUUCAAAGACCACCAUAGUUAACUUUGCUGUCAAGGAGCAGGGUCUGGAAUCACAGCUGCUGGGAAUUUUGGUGCGAAUGGAGCGUUCAGACUUGGAGCAGCAGAAGGACUCUUUGGUGAUCAGCAUUGCAGAUCACAAGCAAAGUCUGCAAGAUCUGGAGGAUAAGAUCCUCAGGCAACUGAACGAAGCCAGUGGCUCUCUGCUGGAUGACGUGCAACUAAUAAACACCCUGCUGGUUUCCAAAGAGACAGCCAUCACCAUUUCUGAGCAGCUGGACAGAAGCCAACAGACCGAGCUAAAGAUAGACUCGGCCAGAGAGGCCUACCGCCCAUGUGCUCAGAGAGCCUCUAUUCUGUUCUUCAUCCUGAACGACAUGAGCCUCAUUGACCCUAUGUACCAGUUUUCUCUGGAUGCUUAUAUUAAAUUGUUUACCGUGAACAUAGCAAAAAGCAUGGAAAAAGACACUGUGGAUCUUGAAAAACGGAUCCGCAACCUCAAUGACUACCAUACAUAUGCUGUGUACAGGUAUGCCUGCCAGGGUCUCUUUGAGGUUCACAAGCUUAUCUUCAGCUUCCAGAUGUGCAUAAAAAUCCCAGAAGUUGCUACGCAUCUCAACAUGGAUGAGCUCAGAUUCUUUCUUCGAGGAGGAGUCGUCAUUGAUAAUGAUGAUCGCAUUAAAAAUCCAUAUAGCAAUUGGCUGUCAGACUCCAGCUGGGACAACAUCACAGAGCUGGAUAAGUUACCUUUCUUCAAUGGCAUUGUGCACUCCUUUAAAAGUAGUCUUCGAGACUGGAAGCUCUGGUAUACCAACCCUGAGCCAGAGAAAGCACCACUACCAGAUAUUUGGGACUACAAAGUGAAUGUAUUUCAGAAACUACUGAUAGUGCGCUCUCUACGCCAAGACCGCCUGUCUUUCUGCAUCAGAUCUUUCAUCUGUUACCAACUGGGUGAUCAGUUUCAGGAUCCACCUGUUCUUGACAUGAAGGCAGUGGUGGAUGAAUCCACCUGCUGCACUCCUCUGAUAUUCCUGCUGACCCCUGGGGUUGAUCCUAAAGGAGCUCUGAUGCAGCUUGCCGAGGCCUCAGGCAUGAAAGAAUGCUUUAAAGCUCUGUCUUUGGGGCAGGGACAGGCACCCAUCGCCAAGAGUCUGAUAGAGGAAGGCGUAAAGAGUGGUCACUGGGUGUACCUUGCCAACUGCCACCUGUGUCUUUCAUGGAUGCCGGAGUUGGACAAGCUGAUAAGGGAGCUACAGGUGCAGAAGACCAACCCAAAUUUUAGACUCUGGCUCAGCUCUUCACCACACCCUAAGUUUCCCAUCACGAUUCUUCAGGCUGGUAUCACAAUGACCAUCGAGCAACCAAAGGGCUUAAAAGCCAACAUGAAACAUCUGUACCAUAUGAUGACGGAAAAUCAGUUGACCCGCUGCACCAAACCUACGCUCUACGAGAAGCUUCUGUAUUCCCUCUGCUUUUUUCACAGCAUCAUGUUGGAAAGAAGGAAGUUCCGGCAAAUGGGCUGGAACGCUGUCUACAGCUUCAGUGAUUCAGACUUUGAGGCGAGUGAAAGUCUGCUCUGUUUAUACCUGGAAAAAUAUGAGGAGGUUCCUUGGGAUGCGCUCAGGUGCCUCAUUGCUGGUGUCAUCUACGGCGGCCACAUCACAGAUGAGUGGGACAGACGUCUCAUGAACACAUACUUCAAUGACUACUUCUGUGAAGAGGCUGUAACUCGCUACAAUUCCCUGGCAGGGAUCCACACAACCAUCGAAGUCCUGCCAACCACUGAGCUCCCUGAGGUUUUCGGACAGCACCCCAACGCGGAAAUUGCCUGCCAGAUCACAGAGAACUGCACGCUGUUCAACAUGCUACUCUCCUUGCAGCCUCAGGAAACAGGUGACACAUCAGCGGUGGCCAGGCCUAGCAAAGAAGAAACGGUCUUGAAACUGCUGAAAGAUCUCCAUAAGAAAAUCCCCACUCCCAUUGAUUGUGAGAGAACCAGGACCUUGCUCCAAGACAACCAAUCACCCCUCAAAGUGGUCCUACUGCAAGAGAUCCAGAGCUAUAACUCCUUGCUGGAAACUAUCAUUUCAUCUCUGGAGGAGCUUGAGAAGGGCAUCAAAGGCUAUGUGGUGAUGUCACCAGACAUGGAAGAGACCUUCAAUUAUAUCUACAACGGCCAGGUGCCCCCGCUGUGGGAGAAGGCAUAUCUGUCUCUGAAGCCUCUUGGAGCGUGGAUGCAGGAUCUCUGCCAGCGAGUGGACCAGUUUGCAUGCUGGGCACGCACACUCCAGCCUCCCAUCCAGUUGUGGCUGUCCGGCUUCACCCGUCCAAACGCCCUUCUCACCGCCGUACUUCAGUCCACGGCACGGAAACAUAACAUCCCAGUGGAGACGCUGUCCUGGGAGUUUGUGGUGUCCACUGUGGAUUACAGACAGCUGUGUACCAUGCCCGAGGAUGGUGUAUAUAUAACUGGGCUUUACCUGGAGGGGGCAGGUUGGAACGGGUGGAAUUCCUGUCUGGUGGAUCCAGAGCCCAUGGAGAUGGUGUGCCGGAUUCCCACUAUCCACUUUAAGCCAGUGAAAAAAUCCAAAAAGAUGCCACACAAUAUUUACCGGUGUCCCGUCUAUUACAUUCCUGCACGUGCUGGCAGAGCCGGGCGGCCGUCAUUUGUGGUCACAGUGCAACUACAAUCUGGAGCGGUUGCUCCAGAGCACUGGAUCAAGAGAGGAACUGCUCUCCUGAUGAGUUUGGAAAACUAAGAAAAAUAUAUUUGAGACUUGUUUUUUUG